UAAAGGAGAAUUGAACUUUAGAUCUAUUUGCCUUGAUCAGAUAUCAAAUUCUUACUUCUGUUUUGGUGAAGACGUUUGAACUGAAGUUCGAAGAAAACACGAUUUGAUCAAAUAUGUUAAAGCCAAGACAGUCACUAUGUAAGGGCGUUACUACGAGGUACUGUUUCAGUUGCUACAAGUCGUCGUGACGAGUGGAGCAAGCAAAAAUGAAGUUCUCGCWRGUCGUGUUGUUGUUUUUAUCGGUUCUCGUCGCUACUGAAGGUGUGCAGCAUGGAACUCUUCGCAUCGGGCAGACAAACGCAGACAAUUACUACUGCGAUACUAUCACCUUCCCAACAGCCUUCACGGGAGUUGAUCCCGUCAAAGUCUUUACGUCAGUUGGUUUUGGCACGAGCUCAUCACGUGUACAUGACGUAGUGUUCACGUGGGUUGAGUCUGUCACUACGAGUAGUUUUAAAGUCUGUCUGGUAGAGAAUGGCGCUGGAUCAGGUGGUAAUGUGACUAUUAAUUGGAUGGCUUACCAAGGCGUGCAAUCUGGUGUGACGGACGGCUCUGUGAGGUUCAACGACUGGACGACGGGAACGGAGUGCAAACAAGUUCGUCUUUCCCAGGUAAGUGAAUUUUUUUUUCAUUUUUCAUUCACGUUUACAUUGUUUUUUAUGCUUUAUUGUUGGCAUUGCAUUUUAUGUCUUUUCAUGUUUUUCUUUUUUAUAUUAUUAGAUCUUGAUCCAUGCAUCAACAAGACCUGUGAAUAUUUUGGUGUUUGUCAGUCAAUGUCAGCAAGUGUUGCUCAGUGUGUGUGCGUUACCCAGUGUCCAUCUUACCAAGAUCUCGUGUGUGCUUCCAAUGGUCGAACGUUCGAUAACAUGUGCGCUCUGGAAAGAGAAAUCUGCCAAACGCAGGGAAACUAUUCRUAUUACCAUCCAGGCAGUUGCCAAGGUUUUCCUUUCGACAAAGGAACACAUCAUCUCAGCCAUGUUUCAGCCGAGUCCCAUUGUGAAGUUGUCUCUCUCCAGCCCUACGCAUUCUAUCCCGACAAACCCAUUCAUGUCCAAUUAACUGUCAACUACAUCAAUGCGUCCCUUCCGGCUAAUGUCCAUGACGCAACAGUCACGUGGUCUGAAAAGGUGAAUCCAGACAACUUCACUGUGUGUAUGACCAAAACUGGAAGAAAUGAUCAGUCUACCAAUGACGUGGCAUCAGUUGAUUGGAUAGCGUAUCAGGGUUCACCAAACGGAGCGGUGACUGGGAAGGAGCGCAUUACACAAUGGUGGACUGGUACCAAAUGUACGACGUUAUCAUUACCGAGUGGUAAAUUCACGGGUACCCCCACGGUACUAGUCACUCUCGAGCACCAGAGAGAUGGACUCAAACACGAUGCUGCCAGUGUCUGGGUCGAGGACAUCAGCUCUUCAUCAUUUCAAGUUUGUAUUAGAGAGCUGCAGAACUUUGACGGAAYACAUGAAGARAUUGACUUGGAUUGGAUGGCAUUUGAAACGCUUCAUCUCCCACUGUUCUCUGAGCACGGCAGUGUUCACUUUGCAAAUACCCAGACUCCUCUAGAAUCUAACAACUAUGCAUUCUGCGAGGAUGUGAACUUUGCAAGAAACUACACAAGACGACCUUCAGUAUUGAUAACAGCAACCCAUGAUACAAGUGUUGGCCUUACUAACCCUACAUGCAACGGGAUWUCAGCUUGGAUUGAGAAUAUUACGAUGGAAGCAUUCCGUGUUUGUCUUAAAGAGUUGUACUCGGACCGUUAUGAUCCUGUCACCCUGCAGUACRUGGUUGYAUCAGAUAUGUGUGGAAAAGACUGGAACUACUUCAAUGGCUUCUGCUACAAGACCACCUCUUCCUGUGCCUCUUGGAAUGCAGCUCAGUCCAACUGUCUUGAUGUUAACUCCAAUCUGACCAGUGUCACCAGCCAAGAAGAAAACACGUACAUUCAACAUCGUCACGGUGGUGAUACAGGAUGGAUAGGACUACAAGACAUUGACAGUGAAGGAAAYUUUACCUGGAUUGACGGUACCAAUGUUAACUUUACGUACUGGGCGCCAAACCAACCAAACAGUUACCCUGGAGACCAGGAUUGCGUUCAUACACUGGGAUUACGUCAUGACUAUCAUUGGAAUGACGUCACAUGUGGGUCUUGCCACGCUUACACGUGCAAACGAGAUAUUGAUGAAUGUUCUGCUGAUUACCACAUGUGUGAUGUAAAUGCAAAAUGUAUCAAUACUGAAGGUUCGUACACUUGUACUUGUAAAUCUGGCUACAAUGGCGAUGGAAUGACAUGUUCAGGCCUAAAGAAUUCCAGUAUUCUCCGUGACUAUGGCAACAACAACUAUCUACAGCAGCUGUCCAGUUAUCUGAGUCCUGUUCUUCAAGAUUCAAGUAGAAGUCGUUGGAUAAGAUGUUGGAGAGCUGCUAGCGAUGGAUGGGAUGUGACUACAACAUUCCACCCCCAGUGUGACAACAAAGGACCGACAGUUACCAUUGUUCGUGUUGGUAGUUACAUCUUUGGUGGAUAUUCUGAUGUAUCAUGGGACUUUUCAAAAGCCUACUACGUGUACUCCAACAAAGCUUUCCUGUUCACACUGUAUAAUACAUAUGACUACUAUCCUCUCAAGCUACCUAUACAAGAUCAACAGAGUGCUAUACAUCCUGGUAGUGAUUAUGGUCCUAUAUUCGGUGGUGGACAUGACAUGUACAUAUCUAACUAUGCAUCAAGUAACAGUAUUAGUGCUUUUCAUGUGUAUUCAUACAAAGCCCCGCCUGGCUGCAGCUAUAAUAAAUAUUACUGCUCAUUCUACACAGGCAGCGGUCAAUUUACACCGAAUGACAUCGAGGUUUUCUAUGAAACCACCAACUAGUAAUGAGAAAAUAAAUCGCUGAUUUAAUAUAUCGAAUAUAUACUUAUCGUCCGGAAGGCCAAGUUAUAGCAUUAUUAUUAUUAUUAUUAUUUUAUUUUUUUUAAUAAAAAGAAAAUAUAUAGAUUCAGUUAAUUCGAGAUGUUGCAGACAUGUUCUAGUCGUAUUUAGACAUUCUAUAAAGGACAAUAUGAACUAGACCUUGUAUUCAGGGUUUACACGUGCCCUAAUUGUUGUACACGAUGUUGUUAAAAUCAUUAGUAAAUAAAACAAGGGGCCGUUUGGCGUGCGCAUGCGCCAGUCUGYUGAAAAUUCAUUGAAA